UAUCCGGUUCGGAGAUACAAUUAAUCUUAACCGAGAAGUUUAAUUUCCGGUUUGGUCUGGUUUAUGAUUUAUUCUCUUCUCGACCACACUUAAACCAGUACACAUUUCAAUUUAAUCCGAUUAACAACAUUCACAUCCCCAAACACACAGACAGAACAGAUGGGAGGUCCUAAUCUGAGAGCGGUGGCUCUUAUCGCCGGCGAUAAAAACAUCCGAGGAUGUCUUCAAUUCACACAAGACACUUCCGGGACAACUCAUGUAACAGGAAAGAUCUCAGGACUGUCUCCUGGCUUCCAUGGCUUUCAUAUUCACUCUUUUGGUGAUACCACAAAUGGCUGCAACUCUACUGGACCUCACUUCAAUCCAUUAAAUCGAGUUCAUGGGCCACCGGAUGAGGAAGAGCGUCAUGCUGGAGAUUUGGGUAACAUUUUCGCUGGAUCAGACGGUAUACGCUUUUUUCCUCAAUCUAUAUAUUUAUUUUGUGCUUUUUUGAAGAAUGAUGUAGUGUUUUUUUGGGGUGAGCCUUGCUUGUUUCAGGUGUUGCUGAAAUCUCGAUCAAAGACAAACAGAUACCACUUAGUGGGCAGUAUUCCAUACUUGGGAGGGCGGUUGUUGUACAUGGUGAUCCUGAUGACCUUGGCAGAGGAGGACACAAGCUUAGCAAAUCAACAGGAAACGCAGGCGCACGAGUUGGAUGCGAUUUUGAUGUUGACCCAGGUAUUAUCGGACUUCAAGCAGCUGUGGAUCCUAAACUAUAGUUUUGGAUAUCAAUGAACUAUCGGCAGCAGAGCCACACUCAGUUUUUCAAAUGUGUACAUUAGUACAAAACAAAAGAAGGGAGCGAGCUAGCUAGAGACCUUGUGAAUAGUAAUCUCACCUGAUGAUCAGAAGCAUUGCGAUUCCACACACUAAUGAUGUCCUCACUGAAGCGGACACUCAGUACUGCGCCACAGAUGUUAUCCGCAUCAUCAAGCUGGUCCCCUACCAACGCAAGAAGCUGAGGAAAAUACAAAUCAAUGGAAGGGUAUCUAACAUGACUUCCAGAUUGAAAAAUAAAAAAAAGAACUCGACUCUAAGUAUGAAAAAUAGACAGCUAAGGUUCUGUCGAAUGAAAGGGAGAACAAACUGACCAGAUCCUCCCAGAAACGAGAAGAUAGAACU